CAUGUUCAUUUUCCCAUCUCACAUGACCUGUUGUUUGGCCCCGUGAUCAAGCUUGCAUUAUUUCCUGGCAAAUUCAAACAUCCAUCAAAAAGCCACAUGGAUAUGCUAGACGAUGCCUUGGAAGCAAGCCAUGACAAAACAAAUGAUUCCACAGGCUCUGAUGAUGUUCAGCUGAGUGGACAAGGUGAAUCUCCUGACAGCCAGGCUAUGGCUUCAGUCCAACAGGGUGCAACAUUAAGUUUGGAUCCCAACAUACAGUACCAAUUCCGAACAGAAACUGGUCAGGUGACUUAUCGUGUGGUACAAGUUGCUCAAGAUGGUACAGAGGCAGCAGCUCAAGUCGUAACAACAAAUGCUUUCCCACAAGGCUCACAGGCUGUGAUACAGAGUCCAUUCAGUAAUGGAGGCAGUCCCACCCCUGAGAAUCAGGCAGACACCAGGUACACAUACUUCCCUACUGGGGCGGCAGACCAGACAGCGGCAGCACAACAGAACGAAGUGGCCACUGCAUCUAUAGGACAGGUGGCCACUGCCGGAGGUGCCUGGACAAAUGAUGCAGCCCUUGGUCAAGGACAAUUUUAUGUUAUGAUGUCACCUCAAGACGUACUUCAAGGUCAGCGAAAUAUUGCCCCAAGGACAGGUUUUAGCACACCCAAAAUAGAUGGAGGGAGAUCAGGUCGUGAUGAUCGGAGAAGGGCUACGCAUAACGAGGUGGAAAGACGAAGACGAGACAAGAUAAACAAUUGGAUCGUCACUCUCUCUAAGUUAGUUCCAGAUUGUGCCCAGGAACAUGUGAAGCAGGGCCAGACCAAGGUAAGUGAAAAUAGCAAAGGAGGAAUUCUAUCUAAAGCCUGUGAUUACAUCAAUGAACUAAGAAAUGGCAAUGUGCGUAUGGCAGAAAGUCUUAAAGAAACAGAACGGUUAUCUGUUGAUUUAGAAUUGUUGAGACAACAGUGUGAGGACAUGAAAAAUGAAAACGCAAUAUUACGUGCCCAGUUACAGUCGCACGGUAUUAUCCCAGAUGUGUCUGGGGGAUCAUAGUGGCAGUAAUCUGGAUGGUCUCAAGACAUGGACAUUAGGGUAGUUCAGGGUCAUCCAGAGGUCAAGUGUGUAAGGGUCAGUGCUCGGCUGUAUCAGCCUUCAGUUAGGUAUCAAAUAUGUCGUGCUGGAGCAGACCAACUGUGAUUGGUCGAUCUUGUGAUGUAGGAUUUGCCCAGUACAAAAACAGACUUUGAUUGGCCAAAUCAAAGAUACAAGCAACUGAAGUUGAAAAGACAUCAUAUCUUUUAUUUCGUUUUAGAAGUCGUCUUGAGAAAUCACUAAAGAGGUCCCAAAUAUAAAAAGUGCUGUAUCAUGACGCAGGAAGGAUGUAGUAAAUUGUGUUCUUCAACACAAGUUCUACAGUUUAAAUUGAUACACUGUGAAUGGUGUACAACUGUGAAUGUUGGGGAAUAUAUGUAUAUAGAAACAUUAUGUAAGGGAGGUGAUAAAAUGAUAUUUGCUCUUAACAUCAACAUUUUGUAGUAGAAUUUUGUACCUCCUAAACAUUCAACAAGGACACAUAUGACCAGAUCUGAUAGGAAAAUUCUAAAAAUUGUUUUACGAUGUUUCUAAAGUGUGAGGUCAAAGUUGUCACAUGGUCAUGAUAGCCUUUUGGGCUCAUAAUGGCAAUUAAAUAUUUCUUAAGAAAGUAAGGUUUCAUUAGGUUUCAAUACUAUUGAUGAAAGUUCUUAGACCUGUUGGUUUUAUAAUAGACAUUGUAUUAAAAAUGUUUAGCAUUGAUUUGAAGUUAAACAUAUUGAAUGGCUUAACUAAUCAGUAUUUUACAAAUUUUAAUUAGUAUUAAACCUUCACUGACAAUUAUUUAUUAGAGCUUGAACAGAUCAAUAGAAUAUCACUCCAACAGACACAAUAUUUAAGUGUUAUGUCAUAAGAUUGUCACACAGGUUUGGGUGUGUGGACUGUAAAAAUGAAUUGAAUGUGUUGAUGCCAUUUUUAAAGAGAGAUUGUUGAAUUUUAAAUUAUUAUUAAAUGUGGACAGAUGUUUUUAUUGCAAAUUAUUUGUGCAGUGAUAUGUGGUAUUGUAGCAUCCUCCAUGUUGCAUCAGAAAUACUUUUAUUGGUUUGUUGGUUCCAUGGCAUCUCUACCUUACAAAUCAUUUGACUAUCUAGAAAAGCCUUCUUUUACCUUUAUAAAUGUAUAUGGUACUAUUUAAUUGAAAGACACAUGAAUAUGUAAGGCUAACAAAUGUAAUCAGCCAAAGAACACUACUGACAUAACCAUAUUUAUUUUGUGUAUAGGAGAAUAUUUGCCAAGAGUUUUAUUUAGCCCUUGAAUAGAACUCUCAAAUAUUGUCACUGGUUAUGUCCCUUAGAUAGAUUUAAAACAAAUUCAGCCCUUGAAUAGAACUCUCAAAUAUUGUCACUGGUUAUGUCCCUUAGAUAGAUUUAAAACAAAUUCAGCCCUUGAAUAGAACUCUCAAAUAUUGUCACUAGUUAUGUCCCUCAGAUAGAUUUAAAACAAAUUCAGCCCUUGAAUAGAACUCUCAAAUAUUUACACCGGUUAUGUCCCUUAGAUAGAUUUAAAACAAAUUUAGCCCUUGAAUAGAACUCUUAAAUAUUGUCACUGGUUAUGUCCCUUAGAUAGAUUUAAAACAAAUUCAGCCCUUGAAUAGAACUCUCAAAUAUUGUCACUGGUUAUGUCCCUUAGAUAGAUUUAAAACAAAUUCAGCCCUUGAAUAGAAUUCUCAAAUAUUGUCACUGGUUAUGUCCCUUAGAUAGAUUUAAAACAAAUUCAGCCUUUGAAUAGAACUCUCAAAUAUCGUCACUAGUUAUGUCCCUUAGAUAGAUUUAAAACAAACUUAGUCCUUGAAUAGAACUCUCAAAUAUUGACACUAGUUAUGUCCCUUAGAUAGAUUUAAAACAAAUUCAGCCCUUGAAUAGAACUCUCAAAUAUUGUCACUGGUUAUGUCCCUUAGAUAGAUUUAAAACAAAUUCAGCCCUUGAAUAGAAUUCUCAAAUAUUGUCACUGGUUAUGUCCCUUAGAUAGAUUUAAAACAAAUUCAGCCUUUGAAUAGAACUCUCAAAUAUUGUCACUAGUUAUGUCCCUUAGAUAGAUUUAAAACAAAUUCAGCCCUUGAAUAGAAUUCUCAAAUAUUGUCACUGGUUAUGUCCCUUAGACAGAUUUAAAACAAAUUCAGCCCUUGAAUAGAACUCUCAAAUAUUGUCGCUGGUUAUGUCCCUUAGACAGAUUUAAAACCAACUUAGCUCUUGAAUAGAACUCUCAAAUAUUUACACUGGUUAUGUCCCUUAGAUUAAAAACAAACUUAGCUCUUGAAUAGAAAUCUCAAAUAUUGACACUGGUUAUAUCCCUUAGAUAGACUUUAAUCCAAACUUUAUCAAAUGUUUUUCUGCUGUGAUCUCGCAGUUGUAUUCUGCAUAAAUAUACAUCAAAACUCCUGCUGAAAAAGCAAUUCAAUCUUUGGAUUUAUGGAAAUUAAACAGAAAAACAUUUACAGCUUUCUGUGCCAGUCUUGUAAAUCAGUACCUUGAUAGCAAAGCAUUCAAGCCUUUAUUGUAUUAGUGUAGAUGUUGAUAUUGUCUAAAUCACACUUUUCUGAACGAGAGAUGAGUGCAAUUAUUGUAUUCAGAUACACAUGUACUUUUUUCACACCUUGUUUUAAAUUUGAUCAAUUUAUGCUGCAGCUUUUAAUUUAAUAGUGAUCACUUAUAUUUCCAUAGUGAUCAAACAUUGAAGCCCCAUCAUGCAAGUGUAAAUAAUUUUGAUGGUAUAGAUCAGAAUUUUUCCUCAAUCUUCAGGACAAAAAAAGUAUAUUUGAAUUUAAAACAUAUUACAUGCAGAAUCUGAUGUUGUCAAAAUUCUUACUCCAAUAGAUCUUUACUUGUAUAUGUAUUAAUCAGUGUUGUGUACUCCAGGGACGUUUGGUUGGAACAUUCAAAUUAUUUUAGAAAAUCAAAGUAGGGAAGGUUAAUCAGGUUGUUACACAAAUACUGUUGUCUUUGAUGAUUUCCGGGACAGUUUGGGUUUGUACACAAUCAGAUAUUGUCACUAGUGAUGUCACCGACAGAUUGUGUCAUUACAGACAGAUUGUGUCAUUACAGCGUGAUGUUUACUAUAGGUGUUUCUCAUAGAUUUAAAGGCAUGAUGACAGGAAGUGACAAAAUGUUCUAAUAUUUCCUGUAGUUUGGAUAUUCCUAGAAAAGUUUUAGUUUAACAAAAUAAUUUUCUCUUAAAUUUUUCAGAAAUGGGAGGGGGUUCCCAGUGUAGGUCAAAUCCUCUUCCUGGUCCAUUGUUUUGCUUAUCUCAUAUGAAGCAAGCUUAUUCCAUGUUCAGCAGACUUAUUUCAGACUUGUCCCAUUUGAAGCAGGAUCAUCUCCUGUGAAACAGACUUAUUUCAGACUUGUCCCAUUUGAAGCAGGAUUAUCUCGUGUGAAACAGACUUAUUUCAGACUUGUCCCAUUUGAAGCAGGAUUAUCUCGUGUGAAACAGACUUAUUUCAGACUUGUCCCAUUUGAAGCAGGAUUAUCUCGUGUGAAACAGACUUAUUUCAGACUUGUCCCAUUUGAAGCAGGAUUAUCUCGUGUGAAACAGACUUAUUUCAGACUUGUCCCAUUUGAAGCAGGAUUAUCUCGUGUGAACAAGGCUUGUUCCAUAUGAAACAGUCUUAUUCCGUGUGAAACAGACUUAUUGCAUGUGGAACUAAAAGUUAUGUUUACUCCAUGGUCUCAGUUGUGAUGACAAUAUGUCAUCUUCAAGAGCUUCAUAUCAUUUUGUUAUCUACUGUGGAUACACAGUAGGGUUCAUACAUAAAAAUAUUGUUUGUGUGUAUAUUUAUUUACUGAAUAUUGUUGCAACCAAUGGAUAAACAAAAACAAUUAUGUACUGUAUACAAACUUUCCUUAUAUACUUAUUUCUCUGAUUUCUACGUCGCAAGUCCAUGGGAAUUAACUUGCUAAAUGGACCAAGUUAUACCAUACUUCACUCCAAGGUAUUUCCCUCACUUACUUUCUGGCAGUGAACUUGUUGCCACCAUUAAGGCGUAUAGCACUUGAAAGCAAGUUUGUUCGCUGUACCUCCUGGAAUCCAUGUGAUCACUGAAUUAGGAUCACCUUGGUUAAAUUGAUUGACAGAAUAUGUACAACAGAAUGUUUCAGCAGCUUUGGCUGAAGUUUCUGAUAUUUAAUACAAACCUAUUUCACAAAAUACAUGAUCUGUUGGGGACUACCUUUUUUUAAAAGAUAAUUACCAGUUUUUAUUUUUAUUUUUAUUAUUUUUUUUUUUUGAGUCUGAUGGAAGAGAGAGGACUACAUAGGGAAUCAUAUUUGUGAUUUAUAAUCAGCUUCUUCAGUUUACAGCAAAUUAACAUUGUUACCAUCACAAUUGCAGUGGUUUGAUCACUAUUUGUGUGAUCUAUAUAUAGAAAAUGAAUCUAUUUAUAGAUCAUACUUGUGAACAAGUUCAAUAAAUUUGAUAUGACAUGAUUACUA